UUUAUAACAUUAGUUUUGAAAUAUGUUUGAUUUAUGUCUUGCACAUAAUAUUUCCACAGUUUUCAUAUUUUCAUAAAACAAUACAUUUGAAAUACAAUUACACUUAUAAAAUUGCAAAAUGAGUAAAACUUCACUUGUAUCAAAAUUAUGCGAAGAAGACUCCAGUAGCAUUGAUGUGGCAUCCAUAUUUCCGAAAGCAUUGCCAGAAUUAAUAGUGGGCCCCGUUUAUGAUGAAUGUGGCUUUACGCUGAACGAAAGAUUGGCUUUAAGGCAGGCUUGGAAGCUAAUCAAGCCGUUCGAGCGUCGCUAUGGAAAGGAAAUUUACUUUGACUACCUUAUGGAAAAUUAUAAAGUAUUUAAAAAUUUUCGGAUUGACGGCAAGCUGGAUAUGCAUCGUUUGCAUGGGCAUAGCUUAGCCUUCAUGCGGUACUUAAACGUCGUAAUCGAACAGAACGAUCCGGUAUUCUUCCAAAAUAUGCUCUUUGACAAUCAUAAUAUACACAGUCGAUAUAGGGUAUCUCUAAAGCAUAUGAAGAUGUUGCUGGAAGAUCUUAUUGAAUAUGUGCUGGAGAAGCUCAAAGAUGUUAGCUCGGCCUCGUUGAGGAGCGGCUUUAACCGACUUUUGGAAAAGUUUCAGUUCGAUAUACCCGAAAAAUCUAGUAGUAUAUUUAUGUACGAGUCAAGCGGUGAAUUGAAUUACAAUGAUAUUUAAUAGAUAUACAUGAUUAAAUCACUCAUACGCCACAAA